GGCCAACGUUUUCUCUUGCACUCUCUGUGUUCCAAAGAAUACCGAAAAACACACAUGCUUUAGCAGGGUCAGAGGUGUAUGAACCUGUCUCCUUCAAAACAUCUACUAAAAGUUGAGGAGAAAAUGCAUUUUCGUUCGAAGAAGAUGCAAGCAGAUCAUCGUAGACAUAGGCGGCGAAUGGGUGAGUGAGUGGACAUUUCUCUAGGUUGAAGCAGACGUCAAAUGUACAGGGGAGAUCAUCCUUCCCUUCCUGAA